ACUUUUAAGGAUUUUUUCGUACCGAUAGAUUUUUCUAGUUUUUAUCCCAAUAUAUGUCGUGCCUUACAUACCGUCGCAAUGAUGCAAUGUCGCGAUGAUGAAGUUAAAAAAAUGAAAGUUCGUAGGAAGGAACUUUAUGUCAGCUUCCAUAAUACAGCGAAUAAAAUGAGGUUACGUGGGUUAUCAUCAAACGUGAUUGGUUCGCUAAUUUGUAUCUCCGGUCAGGUUGUGAGAACUCAUCAAGUGCAUCCCGAAUUAAGCAAAGGAGGAUUUUCUUGCAGUUCUUGCGGAGUUAUCACUAGAAAUAUUGAACAGCAGUUUCGCUACACUCAGCCGGCGAGGUGUUCAAAUCCACAGUGCCAGAAUCGAUCGAAAUUUCAGCUAGAUGUUCAGGAAUCGACUUUUAUCGAUUUUCAGAAAAUUCGAAUCCAAGAAAUACAGUCUGAACUUCCUAGAGGAAGUAUACCACUUAGUAUGGAUGUUAUAAUUCGAGGUGAAUUGGUUGAAACGGUACAGCCAGGUGAUCGUUGCGACUUUGUUGGAGCAUUAAUUGUAAUUCCUGAAGUGGCUCAAUUAAGUGCCCCCGGGAUGCGCGCUGAAAUGAACAACAAAAAUCGUGGUCGGAUGGCAGCAGAUCAAGAAGGCAUUACAGGAUUGAAAACUCUUGGCGUUAGAGAUCUAAAUUAUCGCAUAGCAUUUCUUGCUUGUAAUUUAUGUGCCUCUGGUAGAGAAUUGGAAGAGAAUGAUCCGCAAGUUUUGUGGAAUGCACUAAGCUCAGAAGAAAGAAAGGAGAUGCAGAGAAUGAGUCAUGACAGAGAUAUUGUGACAAAUCUGACAAAUAGUCUUUUCCCGGAGAUUUAUGGCAAUCAAGAAGUGAAAUUGGGAGUACUUUUGAUGUUGUUUGGUGGUGUAUCGAAGGUUUGUCCGAAUGAGGGCACAAAAUUGCGUGGUGAUAUAAAUAUAUGUCUUGUUGGUGAUCCAAGUACUGCCAAAAGUCAAAUACUCAAGACGGUGGAAUAUUUUUGCCCUCGCGCUAUAUAUACAUCGGGUAAAGCUUCAUCUGCGGCUGGUUUGACAGCUGCAGUCGUUAAGGAUGAAGAUUCAUUUGAAUUCGUUAUCGAAGCUGGUGCCUUAAUGCUUGCUGAUAAUGGUGUAUGCUGUAUUGAUGAAUUUGAUAAAAUGGAUUCUCGUGAUCAAGUGGCGAUACAUGAGGCAAUGGAACAACAAACAAUUUCUAUCACAAAAGCUGGUGUAAAAGCGACUUUGAAUGCUCGAGCAUCUAUUUUGGCAGCUGCAAAUCCGGUUGGUGGUCGAUAUGAUCGAUCUCGACCUUUAAGGCACAAUAUACAACUCUCAGCACCAAUUAUGUCUCGUUUUGAUCUUUUUUUCGUCCUCAUUGAUGAAUGUAACGAAGUAACGGAUCAUGCUAUAGCUCGUCGUAUCGUCGACAAUCAUGUGAAUAAAUCAAAGCGUUCAGAUUUUCCUCGUGUUUAUACAUACGAUCAGAUUCAAAAAUAUAUUACAUUCUCACGCUGUUUCAAACCUAAGCUUAGCGAAAAAUCUAGGUCUUUACUCGUCAGUGAAUAUAAGAAAUUGCGUUUGGGCGAUAGCAAUAAUUCUAUAACGUCAGCGUGGCGAAUUACAGUACGACAACUGGAGUCAUUGAUUCGAUUGUCAGAAGCUCUUGCACGAAUUCAGUGUGACGAAUUUGUUCAAGAAUCUCAUGUUUUGGAAGCAUCUCGACUUCUCAGUAAUUCUUUGGUUCGUGUUGAUCAACCUGACAUUGCAUUACAAGAUGAUUUCAAGGAAAUUGAGGAUAAAAUUUCUGAUAUACUUGUUAUGCGUAUUCGAGAACUUGAAGAACAACAAAGUGGUAACGAAGACUGGGAAGGAGUAAAGCAAUCUGAAUUAAUAGAAUGGUACUUAAAUGAAAUGGAAGAUUCUUUUGAGACCGUGGGUGAGGUUGAACUUCAGCACACUGUAUGCAAGCGAGUUAUACGACGUCUUCUUACCGAAGAUAAUAUUUUGAUUCAAUUAAAUGCAGAAAAUGAAGAAGAUCCUCUUCUAGUUGUUCAUCCUAACCAUGUUAUUUCUGACGAAUGA